UGAAUUAUUUUCUUUUAUAUAUAACUAGAGCGUUAGAUUAAAUAUCAGCAGCAUAUAAUACGUGUGAAACCAUACGUUAUUUUGCAGGGACAAAAUACAAGGUUGCUAAAUGAUAUUUUGCUGGAGUUUAGGUGAGAUUAAAGCUGGUACAAUUAAUAAUAUUUGUUUAUUGAAAGGAAUCAAUUAAUUUAUAUAUAUAUAUUUUUAACAAGUACCUAAAUUUGCGACUAGUAGAUAUCUUAUAGUAAUAGACUGACAACGAUAUCUCUCUAGUGGACAACAAGAAGAUGACACCAUUCUUUUCAUUUAAGCAUCACAUUCUUUCUCACUUUCUACAAUAGUAUUUAUAAACACGCAACGACCUCUUCUCAUUUGUCCAACAAACAAAGAUCAGCUCAUCUACUCCAACAACAAUCAUCAAACCUCACCAAACGAAAACAAGACAGAAACAAAGAAAAGAGAUGACAAAAGUUCACCCAAAGCUCCCAAACACUUGCGAGGAGAGCUUGUGUGAUAGUAAAGCAGCCGCAGUUUUGACGGUGUGGAAGAAGUCCCUUCUCUUCAACUGUGAUGGAUUCACAGUUUACAACUCUAAUGGAGAUCUUGUCUUUAGGGUUGACAACUACAUGAACUCUUCUAAAGACAACAUCGUCCUUAUGGACGCUUAUGGCUUACCCCUACUCUCUAUCCGGCGCAAGAAACUGAGCCUGGGAGAUUGCUGGAUGGUAUACGAUGGAGAAACACAAAGAGACCCAAUAUUCACAGCGAGAAAAAACGUUAGUAUAAUGACAAACCGGAGGAGCUUGGCGUGGGUUAGCACCAAGAAGACAUUACUAUACGAGAUAGAAGGAUCAUUCGGCCAAAGAAGCUGCAAAAUAUUGGACGAGAGGAGGAACAAGAAGAAAGCAGCUGAGAUCAAGAGGAAAGAGGCAAUGGUCGGAGGAGUUGCCUUUGGAAAAGAUGUUUUUAAACUAAUAGUUGAAUCGGAGAUGGAGCCUCAUGUGGCCAUGGCAUUUACCAUCAUUCUCGACCAAAUGUUUAGAUCUUAUUGAAUUUUCUUUUUUUUAAGCUUUGUAAGUAAUAUUAGUUCUUUUCUGUUAUUGUGUAAUUUAUGCAUGUGUUUUUCUUAUAUGUUACACAAGAACGAGCCAAGUUUUGCUGUCA